AAGAAGACGCAGGUAGACGACGAGGCCAGUUGAUCUUCCGCGUGCUUGUAGUUGCAUCAAGUGCCUUUGCGCGUGGCCGAGAGACCGAUGGGCGGCAGUUAGCGCUGUUAGUUUGCUGAUUUUCAAGAAGAGUCAUGGAAGAAAAAUCCCUCUCAAAGAACGCACCUUUGGAUAGGCUCAGUGCAGCCAAAGGUGAUCAUUUAAAUCCUCGUUCAUUCUCCGUCAUCCGUUCUCAUUCAAGGACGAUAACUUGUGACCAAAACUCCAGUCUGCAUCACCUGAGAAAAUCUUCCAAUCAGCUCAUUAAUUUUAAAAUUGAGAUAGUGAACAACCGUGUGAAAAAAAGGAAAGUAGAUGAUUCCAGUCCCGACAAAUGUUAUGAGACUCCAGCAAAGAGGUCCUUUAGUCCAGAGACUUUGUCCCCAGACCUCGGGUGUUUUGUGGAUUAUUGCAGCUCCCCUACAAGAGAGGACUCAGUGUCACCUUUUGCCAUCUCUAAGCUUGCACUUUUAGAUAAGACAGGGGGGAAAAAAGGGACUCGACCCCACAGUUUAAAGCGUAAGGAGAUGCUCUUAAAUCCUGUGCCUCCUUUUGACUGCGCUGUUGAAGGUAUGUUUUGCCUCAAUCCGGUUGGCACUUGCACUUCUCACAACGUUGACAACUGUAAAGGUCCAAGUAGCAACACACUUCAAAAUGAGACCUUGGCACACAGACAACAGCUGGAAAAAGGCAAUGCGGUAGUGGAUGAAGGACAAGAGCAGCUGAAGAAGGAAAUCAAUCUGAAUGAUGAGGAAGAGGAUCAAGGUUAUUUUUCCAUGUCCUAUGUUAAAGAUCCUAAAGUGGAAAACAGCCCCCCUCCGCUGCCUACAACUACCUAUAACUCCCUGCUUACGUCUGGUGAGACCCCACAGAAUGAGCACUAUUUUGGCAGCUCAUCAGAGCAAGCUGGACAGCACAGUUCCUUAACAGUUAAAGAUGUGGAUCCUAGUCUCAGUGUGCCAGUGUUGGAGUCUGUAGAGUUUUUUGAAGAUUAUGUUGAAGAGUGGAGUACUGGCCUCCCCAUUUCUCAAUUGUCAAGUCACAGUAUCACAGUGAAUAGUGAUAAUGAUAAUGGUGCAGGAGACACCACACUGGACAGCAGUUUUGAAACUACACUACCUCUUCAAGUACAGGUAAAAUCCCUCGUGGUGGUUCCCAGCCAGGCAGCCACCAGCAAUGGAACAGCAGCACAUGAGACUGCAGUUUUCCAGGGUCACCAAUAUGCCAGGCAGGCCAGGAGUCAAAGGCCCACAGUCUUUGGUAGGGAGGAGGAGUGGGAACAGAAGAAACAGCUUUAUGUCCAUUCGGUCAGCAGGCACAUGAAUGAAAAUAGAGAGAGAAGUCAAGGUGUCAUGAAUGAGCUUCUGAACCUGAUGAACGAUGUGGCUUCUGAUGGCAGACAGUGGCAGCAUCCCAUAGACCUCACUUGCAGGAACUACCAAAGACGCUUUGAAAAACAUCCACCACAAAUGACCCUUCAUGAAUGGCAGGCUAAGAAUCGUACUGCACACAAGCGCUUUGCCCAUGUCCCCAAAAGUUUUGAAAGGAGUCAGUUUCCCUAAAUAAGUAUUUGUGAUGUAGUGUCCAUAUAAAAGUAUUGCAGUUAAAUUAAUAUGCUGAACUCAGUCCUAAACAAUCUGCAGUGUUUUUUUUGUUGCUCAAUUUGUGGUGUGUUUGUGGCUUGUGAUUUUCACUGUUAAUGUUUUUCUUUAAACUGCAUGUACAUUUUUAUGAAAAUUGAUGCAUGUUUUAAGGGUUUGGAUUUUUUUAUUACGUUAUGGAACAAGCACUCAACCAUUUCAACGGUAUUCAGUGUCCUAUCCUUUUUUGUAUUUGAAAUGGUCUGUUUUAAUGUUAAUCAAAUUCUUCUUUUAUUGUAAACUGAAUAAGAUUAAAAGCCAUUGAAUAGCAGACACUAUGCUGAGCCAAAACAGUGUGUUCAUAUGGGUAAGUUGGCACAGAAAUACCCUUGUGUAUUGAACUUAUGUGUAUGCCUGUAGUUUGUACACAAACUAUAAGACAUACAGAAACUGCAGCUGAGUUAUGGUUGAAAAGUGGAGACAUGGCACAAAAAAGCCUCAUGAUUCCCACCUUCUUCCUGCUGCCAGGUCCUCUCAGUGGUGCUGUCCCAUGGCUCUCUCUACAUGUCAUGUAGACUGCAUUUUACAUGCGCUUAUACUCUCCAGCCACUUUAUUAGGUACACCUGUACAAUUGUUUGCAACACUUCCGCCUUAAUAUCUCUAUUCAU